CAAGAACUGAACACUAGUAGCAGUCAUGGCGGCUUCUAAUGGAAGCGAGUACUUGGAGAUAAGAACAGACGAUGGAAGCAGAAGAGAAUCCUUUGUAGAGGAAGAAGAGGAAGAACUCCUAUGGGCUGCUAUAGAGAGGUUACCAUCUCAGAAACGUAGGAACUUGGCUCUUCUGAAACGUCCAACUUCCAACGAUCCAGAUAAGGAGUUGACAGAGAUGAUAGAUGUUCGUAAACUUGAUCAUAAGGGUCGUGAACUUCUUGUCCAGAAAGCUCUUGCUACGGAUGAUCAAGAUAAUAGUGAGCUCUUGUCUGCAAUCAAGAAACGACUCGAUAGUGCAGGAUUGAUGGUUCCAGAUGUAGAAGUGAAGUUUAAGAACCUAUGCAUCACAGCUGAUGUUCAAAUAGGCAGGAGAGCAUUGCCUACCUUAUUGAAUUACUCCAGAGAUGUGAUAGAGCAAAUACUAACCAGUUUGAAGAUCUUUCACCCCAAAAGGCAUUCACUUAAGAUCUUGGAUAAUGUCAGUGGUAUUGUGAGACCAGGAAGGAUGACCCUGCUUUUGGGACCACCUGGCUCAGGAAAAUCUUCCUUACUUUUAGCUCUUGCAGGGAAACUCGACCCAAGCUUAAAGAAAACUGGGAAUAUUACAUACAAUGGACAUGAGCUUGAUGAGUUUUGUGUGCAGAGGACUUCUGCAUAUAUUAGUCAAACAGAUACUCAUAUAGCUGAGCUAACAGUACGAGAGACAUUAGAUUUUGCUGCAAGAUGUCAGGGUGCUGGCCAAGAAUUUGCAGGAUAUUUAAAAGACCUGGACAAACUGGAGAAGGAAAAUAACAUACAACCAAGUACAAAAAUUGAUGCAUAUAUGAAGGCAUCAUCUGUCAGUGGCAAGAAGCAUAGUCUUUCAACAGAUUACAUCUUGAAAGUUCUAGGUCUUGAUAUCUGUGCAGAAACAUUAGUGGGUAAUGAUAUGCUCAGAGGUGUUUCAGGUGGUCAGAGAAAGCGAGUCACUACUGGUGAAAUGGUUGUUGGGCCAAGAAAAACCAUUUUCAUGGAUGAAAUAUCUACUGGUCUUGAUAGCUCAACGACAUAUCAAAUUGUAAAAUGCACUGGAAACUUUGUUCACCAAAUGGGGGGCACUGUCUUGAUGUCUCUUCUUCAGCCUGCACCUGAGACGUUUGAUUUGUUUGAUGACCUAAUACUGUUAACUGAAGGACAUAUUGUCUAUCAAGGACCUCGAGCAGAAGUAGUAAGGUUCUUUGAAUCAUUAGGCUUUAAACUUCCACCUCGUAAGGGGAUCGCAGAUUUUCUUCAAGAGGUUACCUCCAGAAAGGAUCAAGCACAAUAUUGGGCCAAUUCUGCAAAACCAUAUGUGUUUCUUCCUGGUUCAAAGAUUGCAGAUGCAUUCAGUGACUCUGAAUUUGGACAUUCUUUGCACUCCACUCUUGAAGUUCCAUAUGAUAAAACCAAGAAUCUUCCUUCAGCUCUUGCCAAGACAAAGUUUGCUAUAUCAAAAUGGGAACUCUUCAAAGCGUGUUUUGCACGAGAAGUUUUGCUGAUUCGUAGGAACAGCUUCCUUUAUAUUUUCAGAACAUGCCAAGUUGCAUUUGUUGGAUUCAUAACGUGCACAAUGUUUCUACGAACAAGAAUACAUCCUACAAACGAGGCAAAUGGGAAUCUCUAUCUUUCUUGCUUGUUUUACGGACUGGUGCAUAUGAUGUUUAAUGGAUUUACUGAGUUACCAAUUACUAUAAGCAGACUCCCAAUCUUUUAUAAGCAAAGAGAUAAUUCCUUUCAUCCUGCUUGGGCAUGGUCCAUUCCUAGUUGGCUUUUGCGUGUGCCUUAUUCCGUCAUCGAAGCCAUUGUAUGGUCUUGUGUUGUAUAUUAUACAGUUGGAUUUGCCCCUAGCGCUGGGAGGUACCUUUUAUUACCAGCUUUACCAUUUUCUAUUUAUUUCCUCCUUCAGUGUCGUUGUACUUAUCAGCUCCUUUUAACUGUUUCUAGGUUUUUCCGCUUCAUGUUCCUACUAUUUUCAGUACACCAAAUGGCACUGGGCCUGUUCCGGAUGAUGGGUACUCUUGCACGAGAUAUGGUCAUUGCCAAUACAUUUGGAUCUGCAGCCUUACUAGUUAUACUUUUGUUGGGUGGAUUUAUCAUACCAAAAGCAAUGAUCAAGCCAUGGUGGGUGUGGAUGUUUUAUUUAUCACCACUGCAAUAUGCACAACGUGCGAUUUCAGUUAAUGAAUUUACAGCCACAAGAUGGAUGGAGAGAUCUAUGCAUGGAAACAAUUCUGUCGGGUUCUAUGUUCUCCAAUCACAUGAUCUACCAAAUAAUGCUUACUGGUAUUGGAUUGGAGGUGGUGUUUUAUUGUUGUAUGCGCUGGUCUUCAAUGUUGGGCUAACACUUGCUCUGGCUUACCUCAACCCUCUUAGAAAGCCACAGACAGUGAUUCCACUUGAUUCUAUGGAACAGAAUUCUGAUUGUGAUGUAGUAAGAAGUCAGGAGUCCGACCUGAUACACAUAUCUACUCAAAAUAAAUCAGCAAAGAAGGGAAUGAUUCUUCCAUUUCAGCCAUUAUCAAUGACCUUUCAUCACAUCAACUACUUUGUUGACAUGCCGAAAGAAAUGACUGCAAAGGGGAUUUCAGAAAAGAAGCUACAACUCUUGUCUGAAGUGAGUGGAGUAUUCUCACCUGGCGUUCUUACUGCAUUAGUUGGUUCAAGCGGAGCUGGAAAAACCACUCUAAUGGAUGUGCUUGCUGGUAGAAAGACUGGUGGGUAUAUAGAAGGGGAGAUUAGGAUAUCGGGUCAUGCAAAAGUGCAAGGCACUUUUUCCCGAAUCUCAGGAUAUGUCGAACAAUCUGAUAUCCAUUCUCCUCAAGUUACAGUCGAAGAGUCAUUAUUGUUCUCUUCAAGUCUCCGCCUUUCAAUGGAGAUCAGCAAAGAAAGUAAACGAGAAUUUGUUGAACAAGUAAUGGCAUUAGUAGAGCUUGAUACUCUAAGGCAUGCUUUGGUUGGUUUGCCUGGAAAUAGUGGUUUGUCAACUGAACAGAGAAAACGCCUGACAAUAGCAGUGGAGCUUGUUGCAAAUCCUUCCAUUAUUUUUAUGGAUGAACCCACAUCAGGAUUGGAUGCAAGGGCAGCAGCCAUUGUGAUGCGUACUGUUCGUAAUACUGUUGAUACUGGUAGAACAGUGGUUUGCACAAUACAUCAACCAAGUAUUGAUAUAUUUGAAGCAUUUGAUGAGUUACUUCUUAUGAAACGUGGGGGCCAAGUUAUCUAUGGUGGGAAGCUUGGUAAGAACUCACAAAUUAUGAUUGAUUACUUCCAGAAAAUUAGUGGAAUUUAUCCAAUUACCACUGGCUACAAUCCAGCAACUUGGAUGCUUGAGAUCACUACACCUGCUGCUGAACAGAGAAUCGGUCAAGAUUUUGCACACAUAUACAGGAACUCUGAUAAAUACAGGGAACUGGAAGCUUUGAUUGAGAGUUUGAGCAACCCACCUAUCGGUUCUGAGCCCCUGAAGUUUUCUUCAACAUAUGCGCAAGAUAGUAUUUCUCAAUUUGGGAUAUGUUUAUGGAAGCAAAAUCUUGUGUAUUGGAGAAGUCCCCAAUACAAUGCCAUGCGUUUAUUCUUUACAACACUUGCUGCAUUAAUAUUUGGCUCAAUAUUUUGGGAUGUUGGUUCAAAAAGGGACACAACAGAGAACAUUUUUAUGGUUAUGGGUGCUCUUUAUGCGUCAUGCUUGUUUCUUGGAGUCAAUAAUUCUGUUACAGUGCAGCCAAUUAUUUCUGUUGAGAGGACAGUCUUCUAUAGAGAGAGAGCAGCUGGAAUGUACUCUCCAUUUCCUUAUGCGGCUGCCCAAGGUCUUAUAGAGAUUCCAUACAUUGCCGUGCAAACAAUAUUAUUUGGUUUCAUCACAUAUUUUAUGAUUAAUUUUGAAAGAACAAUAGUAAAGUUUCUGCUCUACCUUCUGUUCAUGUUCCUCACAUUUACCUACUUUACGUUCUACGGGGUUAUGGCGGUUGGUCUCACACCUAAUCAGCAUUUAGCAGCUGUCAUUUCUUCAGCAUUCUACUCAUUGUGGAACCUCCUUUCAGGUUUUAUUGUCCCAAAACCUAACAUCCCAGGAUGGUGGAUUUGGUUUUACUAUAUUUGUCCAGUGGCAUGGACCCUAAGGGGUAUCAUAACCUCUCAGCUAGGUGACGUGGAGACUCAGAUUGUUGGGCCUGAAUUCGAGGGAUCUGUCAAAGAGUAUAUCAAUGCCAGUCUUGGCUAUGGGCCAGGAAUGAUCGGUGUUUCUGUAGCAGUGCUCAUUGCCUUCAUUAUCUUCUUCUUCAGUGUCUAUGCAUUCUCCAUUAAGGUUCUCAACUUCCAAAAAAGAUGAGGAUGCACAGAUUUGUGGACUCUUCUAUCAAGGAAAUGACAUGGCCUGGUGGUGAAUAUACAAGGAAAGACCAACAACAGUGAUGAUGGUGAUAAAGAAUAGUACUGGCAAUAUAUAUUUUAUCACCGAAGAUAUUGUUUUCGUGUUUUAUUUGUAAUUGGAAUGGCAUACCCAAAAGUAGGGGUGUAAAGGGGUGUUCUAAUUAGUAGUGGGGCCCAUUAGAAAAAUAUUUUAAUAUUUAUUUAAUAGUUGUUGUUAUAGGUAUCUUGUGGGGUUCCUUAGCUGCUAGAGUUUUUUCUUGAGUAAAGUCCUAUUAAAUUUAGUUUC